AGUGCUUGAGCACUCGAAGCAAAAAACGCUUCACAACACGCAUCGUUUGUUGUUGUCGGCGUGUCCUCCUCGAAUCCUUCUGUCUCUCCUGAUCAUCUGCAAGGCUGUCGCCGCAAGCUGCCCCCACCCCGCGGGUUCGGAACCUCGUCGGCGCCGGCUCUUAACUAGAGAGAGAAUCAUGACUAUAUUAUGAUUUGAGCAUUGAGUUUGCUAUGCGUUCGUGCUUUAAUGCGUGCAAGAGAAGUUGUAACUUAAUGAGAGGAUUUCAUGUGGGCAAGCAAUUCUCCAACUUCAAUUCUGAGGAUGUUGUCUUAAAAACAGUUUGUGCUCAGUUGAGGCAAAGGAAGUGGAAACAUGCGGAGCACAUUUUGCCAAAUCUAAGUAGUUCGUUGGUAAGUCGUGUUAUUUGUGAACUUCAAAACUCCCCCCAAUUAGCAUGGGAAUUUUACAAAUGGGUUGCAGGCAAGGAGAACUAUGCACAUUCAUUAGCUUCUUCUUGUUCUAUGAUUCAUGUCUUGGUACGUGGGAAGAGGUUUGAUGAUGCAUUAUUACUAAUGAAUGAUUUGCUCUGUGCAAAAGGCAUGUUGCCGUUGGAGAUUUUGCAAGCAUUGAUUAGUAACUGCAAAGUGUAUGAUUCAAAUCCAGCUGUGUUUGACGCAUUGGUUAGGGCAUGUACCCUGACUGGGGACACAAAAGGUGCACAUGAGAUUAUUCAGCAGUCCAAGCAGGCUGGCUUUAUGGUUACUAUCCAUGGUUGGAAUAACUUUUUGAGUCAUCUUUUGAAGCUGAACAAUAUUGUCGAUUUUUGGAAGAACUAUAAGGAAAUGGUCUCAAAUGGGUAUCUUGAGAAUGUGUACUCUUUCAAUUUGGUAAUACAUGCUCUUUGCAAGGAAUAUAAGUUACUGGAAGCAGUAUCAGUUUUCUAUCGAAUGAUGAAGAAAGGAGUUUGGCCUAAUGUGGUCACUUUUAACAUGAUCAUAGAUGGAGCUUGUCGGAUGCAUGAUAUGGAACUUGCACUCAAGAUCGUCAGGAAAAUGGCAAUAAUGUCGAGAGAGUGUGUUCAGCCUAAUUCAGUCACAUUCAAUUGUAUCAUUAAUGGGUUCUGCAAAACAGGGAGGAUGGCUACUGCAAAAGAAGUUUUCAGUGAAAUGAUUACUCUAGGUAUUGAGCCAAAUGUUAGAACAUAUGCAACUCUAAUUGAUGGUUCUCCACGAGUGGGGAGUUUGGAUGAGGCAUUCCGAUUGUGCAAUGAAAUGGUGAUAAGGAAAUUGAUGCCCAAUUCCAUUGUCUACAAUUCUUUAUUAAGUUGGCUUUACAAAGAAGGAGAUUUGAAGGGUGCAACUUUAUUGUUAUCCGACAUGAUUGAAAAAUGUAUAUGCCCUGACAGUUUCACCUACUCUAUCCUUUUAGAGGGACUAUGCAGUCAUGGAUAUAUGAAUGAAGCUAUCAAAAUCCACAAGCUUAUGCUAGAAAAAAACCUGGCAGAAGAUAAUGUUUGUUACAAUGUUCUAAUCAAAUAUCUUUGUAGAAGCAAGCAGGAUUUGGGAGCCUGGCAACUUGUGGGCAGCAUGUUUGUCCGUGGUUUAGUUCCUGACAUUGUAACAUAUGGCACUUUGAUCGAUGCGUACUGCAAGGAGGGGAAUAUAAGACUGGCAAUUGAAGUUUAUGAUAGAAUAGCCAAGUUGGAAAAACAUCCUAACCUCGUUAUAUACAAUUCUGUUUUAGGUGGUUUCUGCAACAUGGCAUUAAUGGAUGCAGCAGAAUCUUUGGUGGAUUCAUUGGAGAGCAUGGGAUUGUUUGAUUCCAUAACCUAUAAUACUUUGUUACACGGCUAUUGUAUGAGUCGGAAUGUCGACAUGGUAUUUACUUUGGCUACAAAGAUUGGUGGUGUAGAUAGCAUGGUGAAUAUAGUGACUUACAACAUACUGAUAAACUUUCUUUGCAAAUUUGGCUGCAUGUCAAAGGCAAAGGAACUUAUGACAGUAAUGUUUACUCGAGGAAUGUUUCCUGACUCUGUAACUUAUACUACUCUUAUAAACAGUCUGAACAAAAAUUGCAGUCCACAGGAAGUGAUUGAACUCCAUGACUACAUGGUGCUCAAUGGAGUAAUUCCAGAUUCAUAUACAUAUGAAGUAGUUGUGAGGCCAUUGCUUGAAGAGCUGGAUAAAAAUGCUGGAAGUUAGCAUGGCUGAACAUGGUUUAGUAAUGCAAGCUGCAUGCACAAAUUCCCUGUGGAAAGAUAAUUACCUAAAUGUUUGGACUAACGCAAAAAAUUCUCUCUCCUCAAUAUUGACCAAGCUGCUCUGGUCUUGUGUAAAUUUUUCACUAAGCGGAAUGGUUUGCUUAUGAUCCAUACCAAGACCUUCUCUCUUCUUAUGUUGAUCUUCCUUUUGCCCAUUGGAUAUGCUCUUCUUGUUUGGUCUGUACAGGAUCAAGGCUGCCUUCUGUAGCUGUUCUGUCUGAUUCAUUUCCUUGUAGAGCCCAGAGAUGGGAUGGUGACACUGGGACAUGGAUCGAAUUGCAAAAUAGAUCGGGUUUGUAAAUUCAGGUUACAAAAUUUCUUGGAUGAAAGUUGCUGCAUUAUACACUCUGCAAAAUCGUUUUACCUUGUUUGUGCUACAGGAAGUUUGAUGGGAUUGAACUAAUUGUAGAUAUUUGAGAUUUUAAUUACUUUGUGAUCUAAAAAAUUAUGGCUUCAGCCUUACUUUGGUCUCAUCUCCAAUUUAUCUUACCAGUCCAAUCUCUGAUAAUUAGACAACACCACCAUUUUGCACUGGCUUUGACCUUUUUCUUUUCAUUUUGCUUCUGAAUAUAUAUGCUUGCAGUGGUUGUUUUUGGAUUAGAUGUUCAGUUGGUAGUUGUGUAGGUCUCUUUGAAAUUUCUAAAGCCGUUUUUUGUUUUCUGGUAAGUCAAUCCUUAAUUUAAAGCAGUCUAAGUCGAAUCAUUUCUCAAUUUGCUUGGAUUUAAUCUACGGCUACUUAGGCGCAUUGGAGCUGGAAAUCUUGUCAAUCUAGCUGCAUUCUACAUCAGAAAGGGACCUCUUCACCCCUCUCCCCAUUACAAUGCCCAUGCAACUGCUAAUGAUGAUCCUGAAGUUCUGGUGGAUCAUUUAUUCCACAUAAUGAUCACUGGUGAGAUCAUUGGUGCAACGUCUCUAUUUGUUGACUUGGUUUGGAAGGAAAAGAUGGGGACGGUCAGCAGAUAAGAGGUCAACGAUAUGAUCGAUCACAUGGUGUAGGGACUUCAAUGACCAAAAGUAUGGUGCAUUGUGCCCCAAAUGCAGCGUGGCUGCCUCUUUGUACAGACCUGGGUACACUGGCUUGGUGCAGAACCGUCAACGAAUUACUUUCUUGAUGAUGCAGUUUGAUGUUGGUGGUCUUUCUUUGUGUCGACAUCAAGGGGUCAAUGAAUCCACGACUUGUUAAUAAGAAGGGAGUAAUUUUGUGAGAGAAAUGACGUGUCCGUUGUAACAAGUACCAAAGUUUAGAUUGCUAAGACUUUCUGUAUAUGUCGACAUAAAUUAUCUGAAAGCUCAGUGAUUCUCCGGUA